AUGUUGACCGCUCUCUUCCUUGCUCAAAACCCACCUGAUACCAAAUACACAUGCACAUUGAAGGCUGGCUAUAUUCCUAGUCUGCUCAGUGACGUUGUAUGCGCAGCAUCUGAUUCUCUUGAUGCGCUAGAGCUGUUCAGCGAGCUCUUACAGGAGAAUCAUGCAUCAUCGUCUUCUACGGGGUAUAUGGCAUUUGAUGCCCAUGUAGGAGAUACCGCGUGCCAGCUUCGUGCUCUUAUGAUCAUGGCUCUGAGGCACCACCUACUGAAAGACGGGCGCCUUGCCCGAUUCCAACGGCAUGUUGCUUCUAUGAUAGAUGCACUCCAAAAUGUCAUUAUCCGAGCACGAGACUCGUGUCGUAUGUUGACCGCAAAAGGAUCCAACUUCGAGAAAUUCGGAUUUAAUCGCGCGGGAGAAUCACGCUGUAGUCUCUUGAUGAAACUUGGAUGGGUAGAACCCAUCUCCGAACACGAAACGCGAUCUUCGGGGUCAAUAGAAGAAUGGAAUCCGGACAACUUUCAACAGGUGAUUCGGCUCCUCACCUACAGCUACAUUCUGUCAAAAUACAAGACAUUUGUGCGACGAAAGCACAUAAUUGGUGCUGAAUUGGACCCCGAAAUUCCGAUACAAUACGCUGCUCGACUGAUGGAGUCUGAUUACAACUCGAAGAAUCCCGUUUUCCCAUACUGGACCCAGCAAAAGCGUGUCGAGCAUGACUUUCAGUGCAUGCAGGUUUGGUUAUCACAGCUGAGCUGUGCAUGGCUGCAAUCCCUAGCACAUUCAAGGGGGCAAAAUGACAAACUGCAGAGGUAA